GUGGCGCCGGCGUCCUGGGGAGGAGGAGCAGCCUCUGCCCGACCCGGCUCGUGCGGACCCCAGGACCGGGCGCGGGACGCGUGCGUCCAGCCUCCGGCGCUGCAGAGACCCGCGGCUGGGUCCGGGGAGGCCCCAAACCCGCCCCCGCCAGAACCCCGCCCCAAAUUCCCACCUCCUCCAGAAGCCCCGCCCACUCCCGAGCCCCGAGAGCUCCGCGCACCUGGGCACCAUCCGCCCUGGCUCCGCUGCACGAGCUCCACGCCCGUACCCUGGCGUGACGCUCAGCCCGUGGUGCUCGCACACCUGAGACUCAUCUCGCUUCGACCCCGCCGCCGCCCGGCAUCCUGAGCACGGAGACAGUCUCCAGCUGCCGUUCAUGCUUCCUCCCCAGCCUUCCGCAGCCCACCAGGGAAGGGGCGGUAGGAGUGGCCUUUUACCAAAGGGACCGGCGAUGCUCUGCAGGCUGGGCUGGCUGGUCUCGUACAGCUUGGCUGUGCUGUUGCUCGGCUGCCUGCUCUUCCUGAGGAAGGAGGCCAAGCCCGCAGGAGACCCCAUGGCCCACCAGCCUUUCUGGGCUCCCCCAACACCCCGUCACAGCCGGUGUCCACCCAACCACACAGUGUCUAGCGCCUCUCUGUCCCUGCCUAGCCGUCACCGUCUCUUCUUGACCUAUCGUCACUGCCGAAAUUUCUCUAUCUUGCUGGAGCCUUCAGGCUGUUCCAAGGAUACCUUCUUGGUCCUGGCCAUCAAGUCACAGCCUGGUCACGUGGAGCGACGUGCGGCUAUCCGCAGCACGUGGGGCAGGGUGGGGGGCUGGGCUAGGGGCCGGCAGCUGAAGCUGGUGUUCCUCCUAGGGGUGGCAGGACCCGCUCCCCCAGCCCAGCUGCUGGCCUAUGAGAGUAGGGAGUUUGAUGACAUCCUCCAGUGGGACUUCACUGAGGACUUCUUCAACCUGACGCUCAAGGAGCUGCACCUGCAGCGCUGGGUGGUGGCUGCCUGCCCCCAGGCCCAUUUCAUGCUAAAGGGAGAUGACGAUGUCUUUGUCCACGUCCCCAACGUGUUAGAGUUCCUGGAUGGCUGGGACCCGGCCCAGGACCUCCUGGUGGGAGAUGUCAUCCGCCAAGCCCUGCCCAACAGGAACACUAAGGUCAAAUACUUCAUCCCACCCUCAAUGUACAAAGCCACCCACUACCCACCCUAUGCUGGUGGGGGAGGAUAUGUCAUGUCCCGAGCCACAGUGCGGCGCCUCCAGGCUAUCAUGGAAGAGGCUGAACUCUUCCCCAUUGAUGAUGUCUUUGUGGGUAUGUGCCUGAGGAGGCUGGGGCUGAGCCCCAUGCACCAUGCUGGCUUCAAGACAUUUGGAAUCCGGCGGCCCCUGGACCCCUUAGACCCCUGCCUGUAUAGGGGGCUCCUGCUGGUGCACCGCCUCAGCCCCCUCGAGAUGUGGACCAUGUGGGCACUGGUGACAGAUGAGGGACUCAAGUGUGCAGCUGGCCCCAUACCCCAGCGCUGAAGGGUGGGUUGGGCAACAGCCUGAGAGUGGACUCAGUGUUGAUUCUCUAUCGUGAUGAGAAAUUGAUGCCUGCUGCUCUACGGAAAAUGCCAACUUGUUUUUUUAACUCCUCUCACCCUGUUAGCUCUGAUUAAAAACACUGCAACCCAGCUAACUUGUCCAGCAUAUGUUGAAUGGGAGCCAAAGUGUAGCAAAUGCUGCCAGGAACCUGUCGGGGGAUUCCGGGCCCUGCCUGGGGCGCUGCAGUCUGGGACCUCAAGGAAGGAGGCUGCAUAG